CAUGCGCAGCCUGACGCAUGCGCACUCUAAACGCAGGCCGGCAAGACGCGGAAGAAAAAGAUGGCGGCGCCGAGCCUGCCCACACCGCUGUAUGGACACGUGGGUCGCGGAGCCUUCAGCGACGUGUACGAGCCUUCGGAGGACACGUUCCUGCUGCUGGACGCGCUCGAGGCGGCGGCGGCCGAACUAGCAGGAGUGGAAAUAUGCCUUGAAGUUGGAGCAGGGUCUGGUGUGGUGUCUGCGUUCCUGGCCUCCAUGAUAGGUCCUCAGGCCUUGUACAUGUGCACUGAUAUCAACCCCCAGGCGGCCGCAUGUACCCUGGAGACAGCACACUGUAACAGAGUCCACCUUCAGCCAAUAAUUACAGACUUGGUCCAAGGCUUGCUGCCCAGAUUGAAGGGGAAAGUUGAUCUGCUGGUGUUUAACCCCCCCUAUGUAGUGACUCCACCUGAAGAGGUAGGAAGUCACGGAAUAGAAGCAGCUUGGGCUGGUGGCAGAAACGGACGGGAAGUCAUGGACAGAUUCUUCCCGCUGGCUUCAGAACUCCUCUCCCCCAGAGGGCUGUUCUACUUAGUUACGAUAAAAGAAAACAAUCCAGAAGAAAUUUUUAAAACACUGAAGACAAAAGGUCUGCAAGGGACCACAACACUUUGCAGGCAAGCAGGCCAAGAAAUCCUGUCAGUCCUCAGGUUCAGCAAGUCCUAAUGUCCUGAGAACCACCAGAUGCCCGAGAACUGCCUGAAGCGGAAUGCACUCAGCUGGUUCGAGACGGACGUCAUUCCCUGGCCAAGAAAGUUUAUCAGAAAUGUGUCAUAAAGAAAAAGAUGGAGUUAGGGUGGUCAUGACACAUACCUUUAAUCUGAACACUCAGGAGAGUUCCAGGACUGCCAGGACUGUCACCCAGAGAAACCCUGUCUCAGGGGGCAAAGAAAGAAAGGGUGGGAGCUGGAUAAGUGGCUAAGAGGUUAAGAGCACUGGCUGCUAGUGCAGGGGAUUGGGCCCGACUUUCAGCACCCACAUGGUGGCUCACAGCCACCAUAACUCCAGUUUCAAGGGCUCCUGGCCUUUUCUGACCUUCAGGGUACCAGGCACACGUGUGGUAUUACAUACAUAAUGCAAAACAUGCAAAGAAAACAAAGCUGAAAACCAGAAACAGUUAAGCUCAGGCAUUUUGUUUUCAGGGACUCAAGUAUGUGGGUAUUUCUGUACACUUGCAAGCAAAUGUGUAUAUUCUAUUUAUAAUUUAUAUUUUAUGUUAUAUUUAUAUAUGAAAGAAUGUUUGAUUUAGCAUUAGCUAUAAUAGCAAAGUAAUAUAACCACCCUAAAAGUCCAUCAGAAAGGACACUGGUUAAAAUAAGUCUCAGCUAUCCAUUCCACUGAACAUACAGCCACGAAACGAGUCACUGUGUAGACCUGAACCAGAUGGCAGCUGGCUACAACGGAGUGCAAAGAGGAAGCUGCAGAUGAAUUUCAUCCUAUAUAUACUGUUCUGAGAACCCUUCCGAAGCAGUGUAUCGAUGUGUGUGCAUGACAAAGGCUUGAGGGUAAACUGCAGGAAUAAAGCAACGUUCACUCUUA